UCAGUUCUGUAUUGUAAAAUCUCAAACUAAUAACCUUAGACAACGUGUCUUGAGCCUAUGGUAUGAAUGGCCCUCGCAGGCGGUCCUUUCAAAUUGGUCCAUGCAGCCGGUCGGCAAGCCCCGCCGGACGAAGUAAACGAUACUCGAUCACUGUUACGACUCCGUGGCGCUGGUGUCUAUCUGCCCUCUGGAGUCUGGAGUUUACAGCUACCUUCACCAUUACAUCCUCUACGGAUCAAGAUGCACAUACUACUCAGUCUUCUCCUUGUCUUCGGACUUGAUAUCGUCGACGCUCAUGGUGGCCAUGGAGAAGGACCGGCAGCGGGGGAGACUAUUCAGCAGUAUGCGCAAAGACACAUGUCGUCCGAGCAUCAUAUCGACGCAUUCGAUGUCGGCAGUUUCUUCGCACUCCACGACCUAAACCGAGAUGGCGUCUGGGACCGUGAAGAGAUUGAGGCCGUGUAUGGUGUGCACCAUGUCUACUCUCAAAAGAAGUCUAAGGACGAAAUUGAACACCAGAAGAAGGCCGACCACAUUGUCAACACCGUUCUCGCUGCACUCGACAAGGAUGGAAAUGGCAAGAUUACGCUGGAAGAGCUGAAGGCGGUUGGCCUUGAUGGCUUGCCCAACUUCGAGUCCUUGGGUGCUGAGGGACACCAUUACGACAUCGAGAGCGAGUUCUUCCUCCAUCACGAAGAGCAGUUCCACGGUACACCAGAGACCCAGACAGAUGAAUCAUACAACCAUCCCGAGGAUCUUGAGCACUUCGCCCAUCAUGAAUCAAUUGAGCGCGUGGAAGCCGAGCGUGAAGCCAAGUUCCAAGGCAUUACUGUCGAUGAAGCUCUAGCUCAACACGAACCACACGAGCACGACGAGCCUAAGGCUCCCGCUCAGCACCCUGCCGACGGUGAACAGCAAGUUAUUCAGCAUCCUCAUGAUGACCAACAUGUCGGCGAGAGUCCCGUCGUGGAGCCGCCAACGCCAAAAUUCACGAGGACGUCUCCCGUUGACCCUGUUGAGAAGUUGCAGAAGGCUGCGAAGGCUGCCAGUGGAAAUGCUGAAGAGUGGGGUUCUGGUGAUGGUGGAUACAAGCCACCUAAGAAUCCUUCGGAUCGUAUGAGGAAGAAUUUGCCCUACAAGGGCCGUCGACAGUAUAAGUUCCGUCGAACUUGGGGCGACUUCUGAUCUAUUUGCUUCAUCCCUCAUUUGGCUGCUUGGGGUCUUAUAUAUAUUGACGUUAUUACCAGUCUCGUCUGUAAACCUCUCAUUGGAUCUCUUAUACCUUGGUUACCCACGAUGCGUACCGCCCGCUCCGUCUUAUCAAUAAUUAUUUCCAGUCCAAAAGCUCAAAGUGGUAUGCGCUCUAGCAAUGAAGCUACAAGCAAAGAUCAAAGAUUAUAUAAGAAGAAGGUUACCAUA